AUGAAUACCAUACCUUCAUUCAGAAGUAGAACCAUCGCAAUUCCAGUUAAUCUUAGAGACUCACUAUCAUGCCUCGAUGUUGUGUGGUCUGAUAAGUUUGAGACUGAAGACAUUAACCCUGAAGAAGCAAGGAAGCAUGAGGCUGACUUUCUUAAAGGAGCCCCACCAAAGUGGCUGAAUUUAGCAGAGGAUGAAAACUCACCUUUAGUCAAGAGAGAUGGCUUUAAUGAUUUAACACAGUUAAUUAAGAGGAAAAAUAGAAAAAGCUGUCUGAUCACCGAUGUUUCUUUACAAUACCAGCCUGGCAGCGGAGGCUCAACUCUCGCCAUGCAGGUGCUUUGGGAUUUCCGGAAAGAUCUCAGAUGUGCCAGAGUGAUCGAUUCAGAUCUAGACACCAAAGAGCUGUCGAAACAAGUGCUGGACCUUUUUCUGCUGUCUAAUGAACAACAUGCAAAACAAGAUCGGCAAACGGUGCUGCUGUUACUGGACACCAAGAGAAAGACGGACAAUCUCAGAUGUGCCAGAGUGAUCGAUUCAGAUCUAGACACCAAAGAGCUGUCGAAACAAGUGCUGGACCUUUUUCUGCUGUCUAAUGAACAACAUGCAAAACAAGAUCGGCAAACGGUGCUGCUGUUACUGGACACCAAGAGAAAGACGGACAGUAAUCUCCGAGAAGACCUGAUUGAAGAAAUCCAUAAGAGGGGCAUCAAUAGAAACUCUCCAGUCGCGAUCAUUUUGAACUGCAGGACUGCAGACUUUACUCUCACCGACACACUGAUUCUCAACAAAAAACCCUCUGAAGAGCAAAUUAGACGAUUAAAGGAAAAACUUCUGCAACAGAUCCGACUACAGAGAAAAAGCCAAAGGAAAGUCGCAACCAUAAAUCUGUUGUACCAUAAAGACAGCGACGGAUCAACACUAGCCAGUGAAGUACUGAGAGACUUGAGGGAAGAGUUCACAUGUGAAACCCUGACACAAUCAUUCAAAACAGAUAUCGCUGCAAAUAAAGACAAGUGUGCAAAAGAGAUUGAAAAUACAGCAAAUGAACUGCUCGGAAUAUAUAAAACACAUAAAAACACUGUGCUUCUCCUGUUAGAUAACAAAGGUGAAAAGCCAGUACGCUACUUAUUAAAGAGUCUGCAGUUAAAGCUUAAGCGCGCUAAUCAAACUGACCAUCCUGCAUUCAUCAUUAUCAAUGCGUAUCAGAAAAAUGUUGUUCGAGCGCCAAGCGAUGUGAAACUGAAAAUGGAGCUCUUACCACAUGAGAAGGAGACGUUUGCUCAGAAGAAGCUUCAGCUGGAAAGUAAACAGAUGGAAAUGUCACAGAAGUUUCUUGCCUUUAACAUCAUGCAGAGAGGUUUCCAGAAAGAGGAUGCAGAGAAACUGAUCACACAAAAAAUGGUGAAUCAUAUUGAAAAGGACACAAAGUCCAGCAGCACAAGACUUCUCAGUUUUUUGGCUUUGAUAAACUCGUAUGUCCCAGGUUCACACUUGUCGAAGCUUGUCUGUGAGGAUUUCAUUAAAGAAGAAGAAUGGUCCACUGAUGAAGGAAAACCUUUGCUGGAAACGAUAAUGAAGCCUUCCGAGGAUCUCCUAGUAACAUACUCAGAAGGAGAACAAGAAGACCAAUGCAUUUGUCUGGCUCAUCCAAUGAUUGCUGAUGCCUGUCUAAAACUGUUCACUGAGCACAAUCAUGGUGAACUCUUGAUUCUUUUGCUCUUUUGGCCUGAUGAAGCACAGCCAGGAAUCACAAACCCUCCAAACCUUGAAAAGUGUCUCAGAAAAAUGCAUCCUUCAUACAAGAAGAAGUAUCAGAAAUACCUCCGCGGCCGCUACCUGGUGCCUCUGUUCUUCUUUGGGAAAGAGAAAGGUUUGCAGAGACUGGUUCACACCUCAAAACUACAUCAAACUGAUCUGGAGCUCCUCACUGAAGGGGAUGAACGUGUAGAAAUCAAAGAUCUUCCACGCAUCAAUGGGCAAGUCAGAAAACAUAAAGUGUUUGCUAUUAGAAGAAAGAAACAGAUUCCAGUCACUCCUCGCGAUCCGUCCAGUGUGUGCAAACCAGGCCAGGUGUCUUUCUACCUGGGCUUCACCAUCAGCGGACCAGUUGCCUACAACAUCAGAUAUGAAAAGAACCCUUUCAGGGGCGCAAAUUAUUAAAUGAAGACAGACAG